AUGCAGUUCCGACAGCAGCAUCAGCAGCCGGAGGUGCUACAGGCACUGGAUGAAGGAGCAGUGGAUGUUCGGGUCUUCUUUGAAAACCGUUCUGGAGCGUCCGUGCCCUUCAAGAGUAGCAACAACAACAGCAGGAGAAGAGAAGAACGCGGGCGAGUGUUGGUGUGGUCUCUGCUUGGAGUUUCUGCUGCAGCAGACCUGGUUACUCCUGCUGCUGCACGUCUGCCUGACGGUGCUGCAGCAAUCCGUUCAGCAGCAGCAGCUCUGGAGCAGCAGCAUCAGCAGCAACCGUUGCAACAGCAGCUGCUGCUGCUGCAACGGUGUCGCGCUGCGUUGCCGAUGCGGCAGGGGGCCCUGUGGUCUUUCCUCCUUUGCGCUGAAGUCGCUGCGAAGCUGCGAAACAAAGUUGGAGAAGAUGUCCUUCCACUUGCAGUACAGGGGGUUCAGGCCGCGCCGCAGCUCCCGCUCUCCUGGUGUACGCUGGGACAUUCGCUGCGCCUCAGAGGCCGCCUUUGGGAGAGCAGAAGCUGCUACAGAAUAGCAGCACAUCUGGCUGCCUCAUCUUCACAAACUAUGAAGUCCACUGCUGCUGCUCCGUCUCCCCCUUCUGCUGCUAAAACCCCGUGGGCUCUCCUGGGUACUGGGCCUAGAGCUGCACUUGCUUCUGCCGCUGCUGCUGCUGCUGCAGUACCUGCAAAGCUGCUUGCAGCGCUAGACGAAACCCUCCUGAGGGCUCGGACGGAUCCCAAGGAGCUGAGGAAAGCUCUACCUACGUUGAUGAAAGCUGAAGUGGAGGCCCCGUGGGGUUUCGCAGUUGACGCGAAUCCGCCGGAGGUUGGGGGCAUCUUCGUUGCCUAUGUGGUGGAGAACAGCAAAGCAGAGAAAGCAGGACUGAUGCCAGGAGACCAAAUUGUGGUGGCAAACAACUCCAUACUCCUGGGGAAACCUUUUGAGAGCUGCCUGGCCUCGUUGCGUGCUCGACAACGACCCACAGCGAUACAGCUGCAGCAGGUGUUGCUGCCUUUGCAGCUGGAAGUGUACAGGGGGUCGUUCCCAGUGCUCUACGGGGCCCCUGCAUUGGCUAGCCUUCAACGGCUGGGGGCCUUGAAGGAGCUGCUGAGUGGUGAUAACAGCACGGAGCAGCAGUACAGACAACAGCAGAACAGCCCACUUGUCUACACAGCUGCGGGGAGCCUCAACGCGGUUCUUCUCGGUGGGGACACGAGAACUAGCGAGUUCUUUUAA